GGGUUAGGGCAUUUGGGAUUUUUUGGGAGGUGACAGACAUGGCGCGUGCUCAGUGAGAUUGCGCGCAUUCCGGUCGAUUCUCCUCUUCUGGAGCUCAAAUCCGUGCGCGCGUAGCGUGCGAAGGGUUUUGGGGUUUUGGAGGCAUUGUAUGGGAGAUGGCCGAAGCUGCCGCCGAUGCCCAUCCCAACAACAAGAGGAAGCACAAUCCCAAUGGCCUGGCCAACGAGAGCAAGGAGCGGGUGAUUCCUCGCCUUCUCAAGGAGCCCAAUCUCUCACACGCCCCGGACAACUACGAUGAUCUCGUCAACAUCGAGUACCCGCCCUCUCUUUACAGCACUAUGGAGCAGUACCUCCCUUCGCAUAUGCUCACGGCUCCCAGGGACAAGAAGCUCGCGUUUAUGGAUCGUGUUCUCGUCAAGUAUCGUCCCAAUGGAGAGCGUGCCAGGAAGCAUCGAGAGUACAGGGAUAGAGUGAAGGAUAAGUAUAAGCGUCUUCACGAGGAUCUUUACACUCUAGACCCGGAUCAAAUCUUUGUGGAGCCUUUUAGGAAGGCAGUCGAGAAUGGCUCCGAGGCGGCCUUGAGGGAGAUCCUUACCGAGCAUUCUCCGGGAGUUUUUACGUUUACCAUGCUCCAGCCCGGCUUCUGCUCGAAAGUCUUAGAGGAGGUUGCGCACUUUGAAAAGUGGGCACACGAGGUCAAAGUUAGUGUGCUCCGGCCCAACACCAUGAACAACUAUGGAGCUGUGCUGGACGAUAUCGGCAUGGAGACGAUGCUGGACCAGUUGAUGAUGAAGUUUAUUCGUCCGUUUGCAGCACUUCUCUUUUUUAACGUUGGAGGUGCCACACUUGACACGCACCAUGGCUUUGUGGUGGAAUACAGUAUUGGGGGAGAUCUCGAUCUUGGUUUUCACGUGGACGACUCCGAAGUUACGCUAAACGUGUGCCUCGGCAAGGAAUUCGAUGGCGGCGAGUUGUUCUUCCGCGGUGUUCGAUGCGAUGCUCACGUCAACGGAGAAGCUCGCUCGGAGGAAAUGCUGGAAUACUCUCACGUCCCCGGCCGAGCAAUCCUACAUGCCGGACGCCAUCGACACGGUGCGAAAGCCAUCACUUCCGGCCAGAGAACAAACUUGAUCCUUUGGUGCAGGAGCUCUGAGUUCCGCGAGCUCAAAAAAUAUCAGAGGGAUUUCUCCGCUUGGUGUGGAGAAUGCCUUCUUCGCAAAAAGGAGAGGCGGCGACGCUUAACGAAUGCCAAGAGGCAGCCUGCUGCGUGAAGAAUAACAUCCGGCAACCAUGUACUUGAAUGUUGGUUGUACACAUCGCGGCACUAUGACCGUGGUAAGCUUCUUAUAAGAACUGUGAGAACUUUACUCGUCUUGCUUUGAA